GUGGGAGGUGGCGCAGCGGAGCCCCCGCCCGCCCCUCGCCGGCGAGAGCGGCUCCUCCUCCGGGAGGGCGGGCGAGGCUGCCGGGCGGUGCUGCACCCCCGGCGGCAGCCCCGUCGCACCUCCGCGCCCUGGGCGGUUCCGCGCCCGCCGCGCCCCGGCUCUUCUCCCGGAGCAGGCUCUGCGGAGGGCACAGACGGCGGCGGGAUCUGAGGCACCUCGCGGGGACAUGUCGGCGGAGCGCGCCUGGAGAUUAUACCUUCUGUAAAGCUCUGUGGAAGAUAGAUGUGUGUGCUGCAAUGGUGACAUAAAUAUUUCAGAGGACUGGAACAAGUUGUUGAGAAUCUGUGUUUGUUUUUGAUGCUGCUGUUGAGAGCUAUCUAAGGCAAGUAAACACCAUGAGUUUUAUCCUGAAACUUCACAGACAUUUUCAAAGAACAGUAAUUUUGCUGGCCACUUUUUGUAUGGUGAGCAUAGUUAUUUCUGCCUACUACUUGUAUAAUGGCUACAAACAGGAAAAUGAACUUCCUGAAACCUCUUCUGAAGUGGAAUGUGGAGAUCCUCAACUGUUGCCAUACAAGCUGAUGGAGAUGAAGACCACGAAGCCUGUUGAUCCCCUGAGGACAGACCUUGUAGUGCUGGUGUUUGUGGAAAGCCAGUACUCAACUUUAGGCCAAGAUAUAGUAACCAUUCUGGAAUCUAGCAGGUUUCAGUUCCACAUUGAGAUUGCAUCUGGGAAAGGUGACCUCCCAGUGCUUAUAGACAAAAACAAAGGCAAAUAUGCUCUCAUAGUGUAUGAAAAUAUUCUUAAAUACGUGCAUAUGGACUCUUGGAACAGAGGCCUUCUAGAUAAGUACUGUGUAGAAUAUGGUGUAGGUGUGAUCGGAUUUCACAAAGGCAAUGAGAACAGCUUGCAGAGCUUUCAGUUGAAGGGUUUUGCUUUCCAUGUCCACAGCAAUCUGGGUAUUAAGGACUGUUGCAUUAACCCUCAUUCCCCACUGCUCCAUGUGACUAGACCUUCUAAGCUUGAGAAAGGGCCCUUGCUUGGAAAUGACUGGGCUGUUUUCCAAAUUAAUCACACAACUUAUCAACCAGUGGUAUUUGCAAAAGUAAAGACACCAGAAAACCUUUCUCCACCUGCUGCUAUGAGUGCUCUCUAUGCCACGGUAAUUCAUGACUUGGGGCUCCACGAUGGGAUUCAACGAGUUCUUUUUGGCAAUAACUUGAAUUUUUGGCUGCACAAGCUGAUUUUCAUAGAUGCCAUCUCUUUCCUGUCUGGAAAGAAGCUCACACUGUCCUUGGAUAGGUACAUUCUGGUUGACAUAGAUGAUAUCUUCGUUGGGAAGGAUGGAACAAGGAUGAACACCAACGAUGUACAGGCUCUGCUUGAUACUCAGAAUGUUUUGAGAGCCCAGAUUACAAAUUUUACUUUUAACCUGGGAUUUUCAGGAAAAUUUUAUCACACAGGGACUGAGGAGGAGGAUGAGGGUGAUGACCUGCUGCUGAGAUCUGUGGAUGAGUUCUGGUGGUUUCCCCACAUGUGGAGUCACAUGCAGCCACACCUCUUCCACAAUGAGUCCUCACUGGUGGAGCAGAUGAUCCUCAACAAAAAAUUUGCCUUAGAACAUGGUAUUCCAACUGACUUGGGAUAUGCAGUGGCUCCACACCACUCAGGAGUCUAUCCAGUACACGUUCAACUUUAUGAUGCCUGGAAAAAGGUCUGGAACAUCAGAGUAACCAGCACAGAAGAAUACCCACAUCUGAAACCUGCAAGGUAUAGACGAGGCUUCAUCCACAAAAAUAUCAUGGUGCUUCCUAGGCAAACUUGUGGCUUGUUCACGCACACCAUUUUCUAUAAAGAGUAUCCUGGAGGUCCAAAGGAAUUAGACAAAAGUAUUCAAGGAGGGGAGUUGUUCUUCACAGUGGUUCUCAAUCCAAUCAGCAUCUUCAUGACACACUUGUCCAAUUACGGGAACGACCGCCUGGGCUUGUACACCUUUGUGAAUCUGGCCAACUUCGUGCACACCUGGACAAACCUGAAACUGCAAACCCUUCCCCCCAUCCAGCUGGCUCACAAGUAUUUUGAGCUAUUCCCUGAGCAGAAGGACCCUCUCUGGCAGAACCCCUGUGAUGACAAACGGCACAAAGACAUCUGGUCUAAGGAAAAAACCUGUGACCGGUUACCAAAAUUCUUGGUUGUAGGACCCCAGAAAACUGGUACUACAGCCUUGUAUUUGUUCCUGAUCAUGCAUCCUUCCAUCAUUAGUAACUCCCCCAGCCCAAAAACCUUUGAGGAGGUACAGUUCUUUAAUAGAAAUAACUACCACAGGGGGAUUGAUUGGUACAUGGAUUUCUUUCCAACUCCUUCUAAUGUCACCACUGACUUCCUCUUUGAGAAAAGUGCCAACUAUUUUCAUUCUGAGGAAGCUCCCAAGAGAGCUGCUUCCCUUAUCCCCAAGGCCAAAAUCAUCACCAUCCUCAUCGACCCGUCCGACCGUGCGUACUCCUGGUACCAGCAUCAGCGAUCCCACGAAGACCCCGCAGCUCUGAAAUUCAGCUUCUAUCAGGUGAUCACAGCUGGCCCUCGAGCCCCCUCUGAGCUCAGAGCUCUCCAGAAGAGAUGCUUGGCACCUGGAUGGUAUGCUACCCACAUUGAAAGAUGGCUCACUUACUUCCCACCUUACCAGUUGCUGAUUAUUGAUGGACAGCAGCUGAGAACUGACCCAUCUACUGUCAUGGAUGAAGUACAGAAGUUUCUGGGAGUCUCUCCUCAUUAUAAUUACUCUGAAGCCCUAACGUUUGAUUCUCAUAAAGGGUUCUGGUGUCAGCUCUUAGAAGAAGGCAAAACCAAGUGUCUUGGAAAGAGCAAAGGCAGGAAAUACCCUCCAAUGGAUUCUGAGUGCAGGGCCUUUCUGUCGAGCUACUACAGAGAUCACAAUGUGGAACUGUCAAAACUCCUCCACAAACUGGGACAACCCCUGCCAUCGUGGCUGAGACAGGAGCUACAGAAAGUGAGAUAGCAUUGGAAAAGAGCUUUUUGAAAUCUCCUUCCACACUUCAGUUUUCAUACCUGAACUUUCCUGCAGCUACCAGAAGGUCUUGUAAAAUAUACCUCUUCAAAAAAGUGUAAAGGAUAGAAAUUAUUUCCAUGUGCUGGCAUGUGGAUUGUAAAAAUACGUGUGUUCCUUAGAGCUCUGGUGGGCCAAAUCUUCAUCAUGAACAUUUCUGGGCCUGUGGACUUGUGGACUACUGUGCACAUAUGUGGAAGUUAUUUACAACUGGUAUAAGCGUCAGAGAUACAUGACCUGUCCAAUUUCACGGUAAAUAUUGCCAUUUUUAUGUAUCAGUUUUAAAGUAUUGUGUCUCAUGUAGGUUUUGUAGCCCUUUGUUGGACCACUGGCAGUUUUUCUUAGGAUUCAAUUAUUGUGUUGCGUAGGAUAAGAUAAUGAAAUGUAGCAUAAAAUGCCCAGAGUACUUCUGCCUUUGGAAUCAGCUUGCUAAUGCCCAAAGUGUGUGCAAACACUGGGGAGCAGUACAGUUAUCACGUAUCAUUUAGCUCUGUAUGGCAACAAAUGCACCCAGCAACAUCUGCAAUCCACAGGUGUAGAAAGAAAAUCACAAACAAGCCAAAACAAAACCUGAUUAUAUCUGGUAACAACAAAUCCUCACAGUGCAGGAAGGGCCUUUGCCUGGAGUUAAUGUGUCUGAUUCUGUAGUGACUGAGAUGUGUUAUCUGAGCAGAAAUUUGAUUGGAUAUGUGAAACACACAAGUUGCAGUAUUAGACUUAAGCAGUUGUGACCCAAACUGGAGCAGUGCAAGGAAGAGGCUUUCACCCCUGUUCUGUGAGCGGCCAGCUCCGAACACUGCACUCCAGGCUUACAUUGCUCUGAGUCAGCAGUGACUCCACUGAAAUGGACUAAAAACUCCUAAAAAGCAGCAACAGAUCCUUACUUUUAUUGCCUUAAUUUGCACCACUAUUUUUUCCUUAAUUUAUUUGUCUUUAACGUAUGUUUUUUUCCUCCUCAACCUCAUAAAAAUUGUAGCAGCUUUCUGCAACCUUCAGAUAACAUCAGCUGCAAAAAUUACCAGAUUUCCAGAUGAAAAUACCAGUUCUGUUCCCAGACACAUUAAACAUGCUUGAUAUAACCUUAAGAGGUUGUAUCUAAUAGAGGGGACAAAAAUAAAGACGGUGUGUAGUCAUAGUAGAAAAUUACACUCAAAUCAUGGGAAAACACAAACACUGCCCUUGCAGGCAGAUAUUUGUGAUAGUUGUCAUUAAUGCAUCUUUCAAUGCAUCAGUUUAGAUGUGAGAUAAAGUCUAAUCAAUAGAGCUUAGCAGUUGAGGAAGAUCAUUGGAAACUUCAGCUAAGUGUGGCCUUAAUGCUCCUCACAGAACUUUGGCUCUGAGUGUUUCUAAAGGCAUGAAGGGUUGGUGAAAAUUAAAAAGAACCACAGUAUUAAAUGCAAGGCUUUAUACAGGAGCUCUGUAAUGUUUUCAUCAUUUGUUUCAGGGUGAAUAUUUAAAAACAUGCAUCAGAUGGUGGAAAAACUUCCUGUGUCUCAGUGCUGUUUUACAACAUUUAUGUAAUCAUGCAAUUUAACUUUGAAGGUAACGGCAUGGAAACCAGUCUGAUAUUCCCUAAAUAGAAAACAGAUAUUGAGAUCCUUACUGUACCUCUAACUGGUAAUCUUUAUUAUUUAUUGAUUUUGUCUAUGUAAUACGUGGUUUUGAUAGGCCUGUAAAGAAAAAAAUCUAGACAAAUUUGCUGUAUAUAACAAUAUUCUUUACGCAGCACAUUUUUGCUAAGGGAAUAUGCAUGAUUAAGGAUGAGAACCUACUACAGUAGACAUUUUUUCAAGAUGAACAUUUCUAUUAUUUAUUAGAAUGAGAAUUUCAUUUCACUUUAAAUAUUCAGUCAUAUGGAUUUAUCUCAAAAGCUGACUUGUCUUAAAGUACUUAUUUGAUAAAAGAAACACUCUGGAUUCUGAACACCUGUAAAAGCAAAUAUUCUGCAUGCUACAGACUGCUCAUGCUUCCUGCAAGCAUCCAUAUAGAUUUGUUACAGUUAAAUUGAAUAACUGGAGAAAAUAUCUGGGGUUUUCAUCCUGUCAUGAUUGAUUUUACUCUUGAUGCAACCUGGUGUAACAUCAUUCAAAUGUUUUAAAAAUGCAGGGAUUGCACAAAGCCCCUGCUGUGCAUUGCUGCCUCAGUUCUCCAUGUUCUUCAGUGAAACAGUGUUAUAAAAUAGAGAAAAAUAGGAAAAACCUUGGGCACUGUCAAGUGCCUGAUGUUUUCAGUGUGAGAACACAGACUGAGUGCCUCCUACAUGCAGGAGGAAUGGCCUUUCAGCAUCAUUCCCAGUUCAUUCUUUGUUUCAAAGAAUUCCCUCUCUGUCUUCUUGCCCUGGGAAAGCAAGGCCCUGACAGAUUGAGAAUGAGUGGGCAGUCAAGGACAGAGUGGUGACAUUGGUCACAUUGUCCGCUGGGGAAUUUUACAGCCCAUCUGGGGUUACCAUGAGGCACUGGGACAAUAAAUCCUCCACAUGCACGGCCUCAGCUGGAUCAUUAGUUGUUUGUAAAAGGAUGUAUGAAGCCAUGGGGGGUUUUAUUCCAGAACUGUUCUAUUGAAAUGUGUUCUUACAUUGAACAGGAGCCUUUAAAAAGCACUUUUAACAUGCAGCCAGCUUGGUGAAGGAGGAGGAGGCUGAGCACAGCAUGCAGACAGCAGCUGGGUGUGAGUACAGCUGAGUAACCAGGUCAUAGCACACGAGUUACCUGACAAAGUGUGACCUCUUCUGUUCACAGCUCACCUGCAAUCAGGGUUUGAUUUCCAGAAGUACACUGUCAGUAUUAAUACUCUUAAAAAACCAGGUUUGUUACAACAAAUCUGUUUGCUAGUCCAAGUCAGAUGUUUUGUUGUGGCUGCUAACACAGCCGUGGUUCCUGUUCCCCUGGCAGGUGACUGCACAAGCGAUUUCUCUAACAAGUGCUCGAUUUUGUGAGUUUCAUCUUCAUUUUCAUAAACAUGAUUCUGAAAUUUGCUUUACGUGGACAUCAGUGCCAUUAAAAAACCACGUGUGGUUCUGAGCAGAUAAUGACCAUUUGGGGGUGUAAACACGGAGACUGAUCAGAAAUCACCUAAUUAUUUGAGCUAACAUUCCUGAGAAAGAAUGAGUUUGGAUGAUUUGCAGACUAUCUUGUACAGAAUAUCCUUUUUCAUUGCUUAAAAAUGUGAAACUUCCUCAGGAAGAAAUUAAAUAGAUAUUUCAAUGUUUAUAGAUGUAAUACUCUUGUCAUUCACAUUGAAUGAAAAUUGCUGGAAACAUUUUUCUCAGAGUUUUUUUUUUAAUAAAAAAUAGAUAUUCUGAUAGUGGCAUGGUAUUUGAAGUGCAACAAUAAACUCUGAUAAGAAAAUGUA